UGUAUAUCAUGGCAUACUGUGUCGUCUGCUUAUCAUGGUUUGCACGUUCGUCUCCUCUGAAUUCAAGGCUGGUUAUGACAUAACCAUUCUAAUCUGCGAGGCUUAAUUUUCUGCUUUCCUUUUCAGAGAAGGUCAUCCUUGAUUUUAUCACAGAGAAAGAGGAACAUGUAUGUGAAAAUAUACGUGGUGCCAAUUGGAUAUCAGAGAGACAACAAUCGCCGCGGAUUGGUGGCCUCGCACUGGCUGCUGGGACCGACUGGAGUAAUGCCCACUAUGUUAGAUUAGAGGGCACGUUUCAUGUGUUUUUGUAUUCUGCUCGUUAUAUCGACUUUCGUCUCCUUGUUUUCUAUAUUCUUCCGCACCCAAUAUUUGACCGAGCGCGGGCCGCCGUUGAGUCAGAAUAGUAACGCUGGGCGGUGUAUAUUCACAUUUCUAUAUUCCCAGGUAGUCUCUCUCCACCAGAUUCGAUAGCUUCCAUGGGAACAUAGCAGCUAUAUAUCCCUGGUCUACCCAUAUAUCAACACCAGUCAAAAUAAUAUGGUGGGUUUGGGCGAGUUCUUCGCUGCCGCCAAGGGGAAGAGAAAAGCGUCCGGAAGGCGUCACAAACCCGGGGGCAGCGAUCCAAACCAAGCAUGGUCCCUGAUACCCGGUAUUCCAAACCUGGUUGAUCUAACCGCAGGGGUUAAAGAUAUAUGGGAAGGGUAUAACAGCGAGAGGAAUGGGAGAGUAUACCGGGACGAAAUGCGGAAAACCGGAGACGCAGUCAGGCAAGGCAUCCCCAGCAUUCAAACAUGCGCACAAUCUCUGGCCGUCUUCUUCAAGCGCAAAAACGCGUUCGAUCUGUUUUCGGCAUUCCUUGACGGGCUGCGAGUCGUCGCUCAGUUCGUUGAGGUUCUUCAGGGACGGUCUGCUCUUGAGGAGAUCGGCCGUGACAUCCAUCGUGAGCUGCAGGCACAGACGGGGUUGAAAGCUCCCAAAACCUUCGCAAAGCAGGUCUAUAAAGUUAUCAGGCAUCAAACCUCGUUGCUUCACGAAGAUGGUGUCCCGCAUUUCUACUUCCUGUACCACCCAGACACCGACUGGCACGGGUACUUCUUCGACAUCGUUUCUCAAAACCCGCUCCCUCCGAACCUCCUGGGCGUAUCCGAAAACCUGGACGCCCUCUGCCUGUGGAUGAUCUUCCUGAGACAGCAUCUUGACAGAGACGACAACAGAAGAGCGCGGUUCCAUCUCAUCAUCCCCGCCUAUCGACCUAUGCUCAUCAAGGAUCCGCUGAUUUUCCCAGACAAGCUAUUCCCGCUUACUGUCCAGGGCCUAAAGCACGACUCCAAGGAGUACGUCUGGUUUAACCUACCGACCCUAAACGACACCCACGCCUACUCUCUUGACCUGAAAGAUGUCGGGAACAUAUAUCAGCCGCCGAGUAACGGUCAAGACGCUGCGGCAGCGACCACAUUUGCCGCCUCCACCGCAGGGUGGAUCGGGAUAACCCUCUGGGCAACCUCCCUGGCAGCCCCGAUCCUCGCCCCCUUUGUCCUUAUGGGUUCAGGGGUGAGUGGCAUGGUCGGCGCCGUGCAGGCUACCAAGCAUGUCCAUGAAUCCUUUAAACAGAAACUACCCCGAGUGCUGGGACAGCAGCGCAUAGAUGACGAUAACGCGGAGUGUGGUGAUGGCAAUGGCAACAACAACAACAAUAACAAUAACGGGAGCAGCGCUGACAGCACGAACCAGCCUGUAAGUGCGGGGGAGUUCACGGUUCAGCCGGGGACUCAUAUAGUAUCCCACAGGCGCCACUACGAGCAUGAGAACCGCCGACGGCGCCGUAGACGACACCGGUAGUAAACUCGACUCGUGAGUCGCUUGCGGAUGGGGUUGCUCCUAUGUCAUUUCUUUUCUAUACGACAUCUAUAUUUUUUUUUAUUUUCGCGACCUUUAUUUACAGGGAGGAUAGGUGCCAAAUGAGCACCUCCCUUUUUAUUACUAUUUUGUUAUUUUUAUUUUAUAAAGGCUAACUAAUUAUUCUCCUUACUCUAAUAACUAUGACCUAGAAGCUAGAAACUACCUGAUUAUCAAGAUCUCCAGCUGGAGUAGGUCGUAUAAACAGCCGACAUCCGUACCACUUCUUAUUAUUUCUAACUCUGGUCAUACAUAAUUACAACUUGAGAUUGUUCUCAAUUUCGUUAUCCGCAAUCCCCCAUGGAAACUUGCUGUACUAUGAUGUAAAGCGAACGAAGAAGCAAUAGAUAUCUCUAAUACUAAUUCAUCUCUAGAAUAGCAUAUAAAAUUUACACUGCCC